UGGCUGCGGCUCGCGUCAAUAACUCGUUCUCUGGGCGCUCAUUGGCUGCUGGAGCUGACUGGGUUCAGAGCGCAUGCGCCAUCCGUCAGUGACGGGCUGCUGCUGGAAGCCGGCGGCGGCGGAGUGGUGAUGGCGCAGAACGGUCCGGCGGGUCCUGAGAACGAUGAAGCGGGAGGACAGGACUCGGUUUUCCGUUGUAGAAUCAGCUCGACCGAGACUCCGUCCGCCGGACCCUUACGGGAGAGGCUGAAUUCGGUCCCGAGGGCCCGGCCGCGCCUCGACUCCCUGCGAAAAAACAGGCCGCCCUUUCCUUGGUUUGGCUUGGAUAUUGGUGGGACGCUGGUCAAACUUGUCUAUUUUGAACCCAGAGAUAUCACGGCUGAAGAGGAGCAAGAGGAAGUGGAGAGCCUCAAGAGCAUCCGCAAGUACCUGAUGUCCAACGUGGCUUAUGGGCAAACCGGCCUACGUGACGUCCACCUGGAGCUGAAGGAUCUGACCUUAUGUGGUCGGAAGGGAAACCUACAUUUCAUCCGAUUUCCCACCCAUGACAUGUCCGUCUUCAUCCAAAUGGCACGAGAUAAGCAAUUCUCCAGUCUUCAUACGUCCUUGUGCGCCACCGGCGGGGGGGCUUACAAGUUCGAAGAGGAGUUCUUGACCGUCGGAGGACUUCAGCUCUGGAAGCUGGAUGAGUUGGAUUGUCUUAUCAGGGGUGUCCUGUUUAUUGAAUCUGUUGGAUUUAAUGGGCAGUCUCAGUGCUUCUACCUGGAAAACCUUAAAGACCCUGAAAAGUGCCAGAAAAUCCCUUACACCCUGAAGAACCCAUACCCGCUGCUGCUGGUGAACAUCGGUUCCGGAGUCAGUAUCUUGGCUGUAUACUCCCCAAACGACUUUAAGCGGGUGACUGGCACAAGUCUCGGGGGUGGAACGUUUUUUGGCCUGUGCUGCCUUCUGACUGGAUGCUCCACGUUUGAGGAGGCGCUGGAGAUGGCUGCUCUGGGGGACAGCACUAAAGUGGACAAGCUGGUGCGGGAGAUUUACGGGGGAGACUACGAGAGGUUUGGGCUGCCGGGUUAUGCUGUGGCCUCCAGCUUCGGGAACAUGAUGAGUAAGGAGAGGAGGGAUCUGGUGAGCAAGGAAGACUUGGCCCGAGCCACCCUCAUCACCAUCACUAACAACAUCGGCUCCUUAGCCAGGAUGUGCGCCGUGAACGAGAACAUCAGCCGUGUGGUUUUUGUGGGCAAUUUCCUCAGGAUUAACACCAUCUCCAUGAAGCUGUUGGCCUACGCACUGGACUACUGGUCCAAGGGGCAGCUGAAAGCCCUCUUCCUGGAGCAUGAGGGUUACUUUGGAGCGGUCGGUGCUCUGCUGGAGUUACUGAACACGACCUGACAACAUGGCCGACAUCUCAGCAACUGAUCAAAGAUAUAUAUAUAUAUAUAUACACACACCAAACGUUAUGCACUACAGGCUGGGCCGGCAUGUAUGUACCACAGGCCCUGCUCUCAGACGUCUCCAUGUAGACGGAGCGUCCCCUUUCCCAGCGCUACCUCUUUCUCCCUGCAGGGGCAGUAUAGAGAUGGUUAUAGGAGGACAGUAAUAAGGGGGUUUGUGGGUCGCAAUCCCUGUAAGAAGCACUUACACAAGCAUGCAAUGUACACCAGGGGGCGACUUCUAGCAGGAUCGUAGUGGAUCAGUAGCGCUAACACUCCUUAGCAUUGGUGAUAGGGCUGAGAAUGAUCCCUACUGGCUGGUGUUAUCCAGAGGGGAUUAUAAUGUGACUGCAUGAGCAAUCGUGGUUUUCUGUAGGGUUUUAUUUAUUUUUUAUUUUGCGUUUCCAACUUUUUACCCUACAGCUAUUGCAGAACUACAACUCCCAUUAUGCCUUGACAGCCUUUUUACUGUCAGGGCAGUAUGGGAGGUGUAGUUUUGCAACAGCUGGAGAGCCACAGGGUGGGGAACACAGUACCAGAAUAUAUCAAAGGGGUAGUCCGCUGCUCAGAGUUUGGAACAAACUAUUCCGAAUGCUGGAGCUUGUGACGUCAUAGCCCAACCCCCU